CGGAGCAACUCACCCGCGGUGUGUAUAUGCCGCUCCGCGCGACCGCAUUCGCCGGCCUCUGCCUCGGUCUCAAGCUCUUUGGCUUGCGCGUUGCCGAGACGGGCUGCUUCGGCCUCCUGCUCGGCAGCGGCCGCUGCCUGUCGCCGCGUGAGGCGAGCCUCGAUGCUGUGUCGCUGCUCUUGCCGGCGGCCGACACGUUCGACGCGGCGACGUUCGUGCUCGCCGGCGAGGUAUUCCUCGUGGUCUUCCUCGGCGCCGUCGAGAUGGGGCUGGUCGAGGCGGUGGCGGAGGUGCCCGCCCAGUGGCUCGCCGCGCAGCACUUCUGGAUGCUCGCGCAGGCGGCUCAGGUGGCAGCCUCGGCCCUCUUUCUCCGCGGACAGCUCGGCGCGACCGCCGGCGCCGUCGGCGCCACCGCCCUUGCGCACGCCAGCCUGGGCUCGCGCUUGGUCGCCCUCGAGCCGCUGUCGCAGAUGCUGCUGGGAGGGCCCGUGUGGCUGCACGCGGGCUGGGCGUGGCCCCUCUCCCUCAUUCACCUCCACAUGGCCCUCAGCGUCGAGCCCACCGCCGAGACCGCCGCGCUGCUCGCCGCCGCCUUCGCCGCCAUCGCAGCGUGCUGUGCGGCGCCCAUCGUGGCGCUCGCGCUAUGCGGCCCUAGCUCUGUACCAUUUGCGGCAGUCGCCUGCUGGGUGCUCGCAGGCGUGGGCGAGGCGAACGCCGCCGCCGCCGCCGCCGCCUCUGCCUCGAGGGAGCGGGCGAACGGCGGCGGGCGGGGUGGGGGCGGUGGGGGCGGUGGGGGCGGUGGUGGCGGAGGAGCUGACCGCGAUUCUUCAGAGAGGCUACCGGGACCGAUGCUCAGCGGCGGCGACGGCGACGGCGACGGCGAAAGCGGCGGCGGCGGCGGCAGCGGUGGCGGCGGCGGCGGCAGCGGCGGCGGCGGCGCGAAGGGCGGCGGCGGGGAGGGAGAGGGUUCGCCGCUGAGAGACGCCGAGGGCGCGCUCGAGGCGGGGCAGGCCGCUCUACGCGCCAGCUGGGAGAGCGCCGAUGCGGCGCGACUGGCGGCGGCGAUGCGGGCGUCGCUCGCGCACGCGUCGCACGCGUGUGCCGCGCUACUCCUGUUGCUGGUGGUGGCGGGGUCGCUUUACGGGCUGUGGAGCGAGACUCACACGUGGCAGCAGUACCGGUGAGAGAGAAGGGGAGAGGGAGUGUGGACAGUCGCGCACGCGGCGCAGCGAGUGGACUAAUAAUUCCACAAAAAGAAAA